AUGCCAGCAGCUCAGUGGACUACUAAGGAACAGUAUGAAUGGCUCCAACAACAGUUGCCGGAGUAUACUGUACUGCAUGCUGAGGACAAGGACUACACGCACUUCUGGCCUAAGGCUCAUCUUUACUGGUUUAAAAGAUGGUCUGAGCAAGCCACCCUCUUCCCUGAUCUCCCCAUUGAAACAACACUAACAAAAGAGCAACGAGCUGCAGAACAUGCUGCCAAAAAGGCAUGUAAAGUUCAAUUGCAGACCUGGUUUCAUUGGCAGACAAAUGUGUCCAAGAAAAAUUGUGGCUUAAAGAAGGAAAUCUCCGUCUUUGAAACCACACUGCUACCAAAGUCGCGUGCAAAAUCUGUCGAAGAAAUCUACAUGGACAUGGUCUAUGAUGAAAGGAUCAAACUGCUAGUUGCAGCUGAGCAAGAGGCAGGCAAUGUAGCUACAGCUGGUCACCGCAUGGCGUUGGGCCGAAAGUUUUGCAAAGAGCUCCUGGAAGAUGAGUCAGAUGAGGUCAAGAAGGAGGUCAGAGAGAAGUACAACAAGCAGAAAAAGGUAAAGAAGGAUGUGCUAGAUGAAGAAGCCAAUGACAAUGACGAGACCGACACUGAUGCCAUUAUGAAAGGUAUCGAUGAUUUACCAAUCAUAUGCCAGCACUUUGCAUGCCUCAUCAAGAAAAAGACUCAAUUUAUAGUCUCCUUCACAUGCGCUGGACCAGACCCGAGGCAGAAUUGGGACAUUGUUACUUUAUCGUGCCAUCCAUCGGAAACCCCUGCUGGGAGUAAUUUUUCUCAAUUAUGCCCUGACAAGGACAACACCUUCCUUGCCGCAUACCAGCAAUAUGCUGAAUUGAUAUUCCCUCCAAACAAGUGCAACCCACUGCUGCCAGAUGUCGGAGACGACAAUGAGACUAAGGAGCUCGAAGGAUGGAACAACAGCAAAGAACCCGAGAAUGCAGAAGAAAGUGCAGAGGAUGGGUGA